CACUAAUAGUUAGCAGCAUUUGACCCCCAGCGCCCCCGCAGCGGGCAUCCUUCUUCAAUCUCCAUUUUCCAGCCCUGUGGUUUGAACUGUUGGGACCCCUGUUUGAGUCGACAGCUCAACGGCGGCUGGUGCUGCGCCCUCCCUGGGGAAACAUCUUUCUUUUACCUAGCACCACCACCCCUCCUUUUUUUUCUUUAUUUUAACCUUCUUUGUUUCUCUCCCUCUCGAACCUGACUACGGCUCCAGGUCUGUAUACUCACCACGCGAUUGACUGAUUAAUCCUCGGUGCGCGCAACAAUGGGCUUCUUCUCGCGCAUAAAAAAGAACAAGUCGCUUGAUGGUGGUGGUGGUGGGGCGGCGCAUUACGAUCCUAGGUUCAGCAAUGACCAAACGACAACACCACGAUCCAACAGUUAUGACCCGAGAGACUACCAACUAUCCGGCUCUGGGUUCAGGGCCAUGGUGACGGGCAAUUCACCUAGAUUGAUUGCCCAACUGCCCGAGGGGGUGCUACGGCGUAUCUUCGGACUGGUGUGCCCCCAUGCCAGGGACGAGAGCUACGAGACGUUUGAGGGGAGCGCAAUGAUGAUUGUUGGGGGGGAAGAGGAGAGGUGCAUGCUUUGUGACAUGAGGGAUUUGGCGCAUUGCGUUGGGGUGUGUAGACGGUGGAGGGGGGAGGGGGUCAAGGUUUUGUAUCAUAGUAUACGACUCGAUCCGGUGCAUUACUGCCCUCUGGAACCGAUACUUUCUGAUCGAAGAAAACGCCGCUCGUUUUUUGACAGGAAUGGCUCGCCGGAGGAUCCGUGUUUGAUGAGGCUGAAGCUGCUGUGUCGGACGUUGAGGGAGGACCCGGUUAGGAGGGGGGCGUUGGUGAGAUAUCUCAAGAUGCCGUACAUGCUUAGGGAAGCGGCGCAGGCGGAUUUGGCGAGGACGAUUGCGGUUACGCCGGGGUUGAGAUAUGUUGAUUUACCAGAGGGCUUGUUUACCGACGAGCCGGGGUUUGUGACGUUGCGGCUGGAGGUCCAGGCGAGGUGUUUGGAGUUGAGGAAGAUGAGCUACAUGCGCGGGAGCGAGAACUCUUUGCAGGCGCUAGCGACGGGGAGGGUGUGGACGAGGCUGGAGGUGUUGGAGCUGAAUAGGAUAGGGAUGGACGGGGGGAUGUUGAGGUUGGUGUUGGGUGGGUUGGGGGGGUUGAAGGCGCUGAAGAUGUCGGAGAUGGAUGUCGGGGAUGAGGUUUUUUCGAGUGGGUGGGAGGAGCAGCUGCCUCCUUUUCCGGGGACGAUCGAGGAGUUGGUUUUGACCGACUGCAAGAAUAUCACUGGGGAUGGCCUGAGGUCGUGGCUAUCCACCUCCCCUGAAUCACGAGAGCGGCUCCGGGUGCUGACCCUUAACAACACUGGUGUCCGCGUUUGGGGGCUACACUCGAUCAUAUCCCUCGCUCGCGGAUUGAAACACCUCUCCAUCGUCGAAAGGGUCACCGUCGCCAUGCCUUCCUCUCCAGACCUCCAACCCCUCAGGAGCACCACCCUCGAAACCCUCCGCUACGAAAUCACCUCCGCGACCCCAACCAAGAAAUACGGCUCCCCACCACACAACUCCUCAAGCAUUACCUCAUCCUACUACACCUAUCUGGCCACCUCCCUCCUAUCAGGCGGCCUGCCACAACUCCGCUCCGCCUAUGUUAGGGACACCACCUUCCCCGACCUCCUCCUCGGCCUACCGCCUCUCCCUUUACCCUCCUUUAGUUCCUCUCCCGCCCGACCAGGCAGCUCCUCCUCCAUAACACCCUUUUCGUCAUCCCCAUCAAGACCCGCCAAUUUCGGUGGUCUCCCCCCCUUACAACCCGGCUCCUCACUACCCAACUCCAACCCCUUCUCCCCCGGCCACCGCCCCCAAGGCAGCCUGUCCAGCCUCUCCCCCUUUGGUCAGAACCAACAACAAACCAAUCGCUUCAGCAGCAACAACCCCUUCGCCAGCCUCACCACCGCCCACAACGCCUUCCUCAACCUCCCCGCAAAGCUGGAAGUUUUUACAAAAUCCGAAGAGGACGACGCGCUAAACUGGAAUUUUGUCCGCAUCGGCGGCGGCGGUGGCGGCGGUGGGAGACAAAACAAGGGGGAGAGACCACUAAGCAGUUACGGCUUGGGUGCUGAUAUCUUGGGUGACGCAGGCGGUUGGAGCUCUGGUGCCGGGGCAAGGAGGAGCGUGCUUGUUGGUGGGAGGGGGGAGGGAGGCGGGUUUUUGGCUGUUCCCACUGAUGUGCCGAGGGGGAGACAAGAGGAGGAACAGCAACAAGAAGAGUGGCCUAGGCCGAGGACGCGGGACGGGGAGGGGAGGAGGGAUAGGUUGGAUUUGUGGAGGUGA